AUUCCGAACCAUAAACCGCCGGUUUUUGUCUUCCCCAAAACCCUACUCCUCCAUGCCCAUGCCCAUGGGGACCCCGAAGAAGAUCAGGAAGAAGCAAACUCCAGAAACCCAAUUCCACUCCUCCCUCACUCUCUGCUCCAAGCACAAAGACCUCCCCGCCGCUAUCUCCCUCUACGAAUCCGCCCUUUCUCAGAACACUCGCUUCAACCACCACCACUUCAACACCCUCCUCUACCUCUGCUCAAACUCCGUCUCCGACUCCUCUCUCAAGCAGUUGGCUUCCGAAAAUGGCUUCCGCAUGUUCGAUCACAUGUUGUCCAUCGGGAUACUUCCGAAUGAGGCCACCAUCACCGCCGUGGCCAGGCUCGCUGCGGCCAAGGGCGACGGGGAUUACGCGUUUGGGCUGGUGAAGGGUAUGGAGAAGUAUAACAUAUUUCCGAAGUUGCGGAGUUAUGACCCAGCAUUGUUUUGCUUUUGCGAGAAAUCGGAGGCGGAGAAGGCGUAUGAGGUGGAGGAGCAUAUGGGUAUGGUGGGGGUGAGCCUGGAGGAGCCGGAGAUUGCGGCGUUAUUGAAGGUGAGCGCGGAGACAGGAAAUGGGGAGAGGGUUUAUGGGUACUUGCAUAAGCUGAGGAAUGUCGGGAGGUGUGUUAAUGAAUCAACGGUGAAGAACAUUGAGGAUUGGUUUUGUGGCGGCGCGGCUUGUGAGGUGGGUGAGGCGAAUUGGGAUUCGAGUCGGGUUAAAGAGUUGGUUUUGGGGAAUGGAGGAGGGUGGCACGGGCAGGGGUGGAUUGGGAAGGGCGGUUGGGAUGUUAGGAGAACCACUGUGGAUUUGAGCAGCAGUCAAUGUAGCUCUUGUGGUGAGCGUUUGGUUUGUGUUGACAUUGAUUGCGGGGCGACCGAGAGGUUUGCGCAGUCGGUUGCUGCUUUGGCAAUGGAAAGGGAGGUUAAGUUGAAUUUCAGUGAGUUCCAGGAUUGGCUGGACAAGCAUGCUGAGUAUGAAGCUAUAGUGGAUGGAGCUAAUAUUGGGCUUUACCAGCAGAAUUUCGCAGAUGGUGGAUUCAGUCUUACUCAGCUCGACGUUGUUGUAAAAGAAUUGUACAAUAGGAGUGGAGGGAAAUGGCCACUUGUUGUCAUGCAUAAUAGACGUUUCCGGGGACUUGUGGAAAAUCCUUGCCACAGAAAAUUGGUCGAGGAGUGGAUGGGUAAAGGCAUUCUUUAUGCCACACCGAGUGGUUCCAAUGAUGAUUGGUAUUGGCUCUAUGCUGCUGUGAAACUCAAAUGCUUGCUUGUUACGAACGAUGAAAUGCGAGAUCACAUUUUUGAACUCCUAGGAAGCAGCUUCUUUCUCAAGUGGAAAGAGAGACACCAAGUUCGAUACACUUUUGUCAAAGGCAAUGUGAAACUUAAGAUGCCGCCCCCAUAUUCUUCAGUCAUCCAGGAAUCCGAAAAUGGAUCAUGGCAUGUGCCCAUAGCAGAUGAAAGCUGUCAGGAGCCUGCAAGAACCUGGCUCUGUAUUACACGGCCAAGUGUAUCGAAAGCUUGUGGUGAAGUCUCACAGAAUUUGGCAUCUUCUCAGAACGGUGUUAUUUGCCAACACCAUGAGUUACUAAGAUCAUGCACAUCGGAGCCUGUUGCCAGUCACCGUGAUAAAACCACAUUUGUGACAGGUAAAAGAAAAGAGAGGUCACCAUCUCCUUCCCGUAUAAAUAUUUCUCCUGCCUAGGUACUGUUUGCAGGAUGCCUUCAUUUGCCGGCUUUCUGUGGAGAUGAUAACUUCUGUAAAUGGUUGUGGCUGAGUAAUGCGCUAGGACAAUCAAGAUGGAAUGCUGUAAGGCAAAACGACCUGCAUCUGAGGUUUUGAGCCCAGUUUCCCUUCUAUGAGUAGUAUCUUUGAGGUUGUACUGUGUCUCAAACAUGCUGCAAUUUCCAUCUCCCUACAAAGAUUUGUUGAUGUCGGCUUAUUAUUAAAAGUCGACUUUAGCAGUGAAAGGAAAGACGAACUGAAGCUGGCCGGUGGUGAAGCUUGAAUAUCGAGUAAGGAUUAUUUUUGUUCAAGUUUAACGUGUAUUUAGUCCUUUUUAUUGUACGGUUUUUGUGUGUUGAGUGGUAAUUGUGUAGGUUAAUUAAUCUCUCCUCUAAUGUCACUUCUAUAUAUUAUAUGCUCUUCUUUGGCAAUUUCUUAUUCA